AUGGCAAUCGAGAAAAGGCGAGGAAAACAGCGAGAAAAAAGGGAAAAAGAAAACAAUUUAGACGAAGUAAAAUUACUGUUUCUCAUUUCAGCUAUCUGUAGAGGAAGGUCUGAUUCAACAGCUUGUUCUAAAUAUUUUCCCUACUCACAUAUUGUACUGGCUGAUAAAACAACAGUAAAUCGGAGCGUGGGAAAGUGUAUUCGACCUGAUGUAUGUGAAUGUAAACAAGUUGGGUUUUAUUCAGCUGGUUCAUUUUGUGAUAUCUGUUCUCCCAUAAAUAAUUGUGAUCUAGAAUAUUGUACAACUAAAACUGAUCAGAAAUGCCGGAAAUGCGAAGGAUUAGUACAAGAUAGGCCGGGAUAUAGAGCUUAUAUUCUAUCGGCGGAUAAAAGAUCGUGUGAAAAGGCCUGUUCAUGGAGACCAGACAGUAGAUGUUAUCCUGGUACAUGUCGAGAUGAGCUGUUUUCAAAUUGUGGUUGUAAAGAUGGGUUUACUGGUAGCUAUUGUCAGAGAAUUACUGCUAUCCCUGAUAUUUUAUACAAUCAAGUAACUUUAACUGCUGAUAAUGGUGAAACUGUUGAUGCUCCUGGUGAUUUUGGAUCUGGUUCUCCACAACCACUGACAUGGACUAAUAUAAUGAAACCCAAAGAUCUAUAUUACUCUUUUCGAUCAAAUUACUAUAAACCAAGUCCUACCCGUCCACCAUUUGUGGUCGAUUAUAAAGUUGGUAUUAUUGAUGGAAGGAUUCGUUUCACAAAGUAUGGCCGAAAUGGGGUUCAAACACAAACCACCAGUUGUUCCACCAUCAGUAAAGAUAAUCCCAAUCAAGGUAUAUUUGAUUGUACUAAAACCAUACAACCUACAUUCUCGGUUCCCUUCCAGCAUCUAGAACGACUGUCUUUCAAAAUAACAACAAGUAUUGGGGGAUUUGUAAAGAUAAAAGAUUUAGAAAGAAAUGUAUACAACACCUACUACUACACACCAAACUCACUGUCACGUGAAUAUGAGAUUAAAUUUGACAAUGUACCACCAUAUCAUUGUCAAACUGUCAACAAUUGUAACAAAACCAUGUUAACUGAUAUCGAUAUCUUAAAGAAGGCAGAGAAUACGGUUUAUUGGGACCACUGGGUUGAUGAUGAUUCUGGUAUAGCUAUAUAUGAACUAGAAAUAUUCAGCUUGAAGUCGGUAGGAAAUGAACUAAUGAUAGACAAACGGACAUUCAACACAAAAACUACAUUGAAAAAUCAGCGAUUUAACGUUCCACUACCAGGUGUGUAUUCAGUUAUACUUGCUGUAGUAGAUAAAGCUGGUAAUGUGAGACUUACCAGACGAUGUUUGAUAUUUGAAGAUAAAAACCACGUAUCAACUGUCCAGAAUACAAAUUUAACACCCACAUCAGCCCUACCCUCUACUAACUAUACCUGGCAACAAAAGCAUGGUCCUGUUACUAUUGACUGGGAAAAUAGAUAUGUUAAUACGAAACAUCAUAAUGGUAAAUAUCUAGCUGGGAUCCAGGAUUAUCAUGGUCUAGUCUCAGAAUAUGAUGAUCAUUAUGGUACAAGGACAACCAAACCCAUUGAUAAUUUUCAAGUAAGUGCCAAUUUUUGUAAGGCUCAUAUUUAG